AUUAAUAUUUGUGGUCAUAAAAUUCAUGAGAUCCUGUUGAUGACGUCGAACACAAAUGAGCAGCUGAUUCAUGUGUAAUAAUAGCGCUGUAGGAUCGGAGGAGCAUGUGCAAAAAACAUGGCAAACUUUUCUAUAAGAUUGCAAAACUGUGUUGUGCUUGUUGCAGCCAUGCCAAUGACAAUCGAGCGUGAUCUCCACAUGGCCACAGGGAACGGAGAAACUAGCUACACGAAAAACUCUAGGAUUCAGGAGAAAGUUAUGUUUCAGAUCAAGCCAGUCCUUGAGGAGGCCACUAGAGCAGCAUACUCAGCUCUCCUCCCUCGAACUAUGGUCGUGGCCGACUUAGGCUGCUCAUCGGGGCCUAACACACUGCGCUUCGUCUCCGAGGUGAUUGGCAUCAUAGCUCGCCAUUGCAAAGAACACGACCGACGACAUGACUACCCACAACUUCAGUUCUUCCUGAAUGACCUGCCGGGAAACGACUUCAACAAUCUCUUCCUGCUCAUCCAGCAGUUCAAUAAGUCGAUGGCAAGAAACCACAAGGGUGAGGCAGCUGAGGCACUGCCUCCGUGCUAUAUCUCUGGUUUGUCAGGCUCCUUCUACACUAGGAUCUUUCCUAGCGAAAGCGUUCACCUUUUCCACUCUUUGUUCUCCGUUCACUGGCACUCUCAGGCAUCAGAACAACUGAAGGACACCAAAAAUAAAUGCCUAGAUAUCUACAUCACAAAGAAUAUGCCACCGUCGAUGGUGAAGUUGUUUCAACAGCAGUUUGAGAAGGACUUCUCCCUCUUCCUCAAGCUACGCUACGAGGAACUCGUGUCUGGUGGCCAAAUGGUUCUAACAUUUAUUGGAAGGAAGCAUGAGGAUGUGUUCACUAGAGAGCCCAACCAUCUUCACGGAUUGCUUGCGCAGUCACUGAAAUCCCUAGUUGAUGAGGGUCUUGUGGAGAAAGAAAAACUUGAGUCAUUCUAUCUUCCGUUCUACUCACCAUCGGUUGGUGAAGUGGAGGCGAUUUUGAAGCAAGUUGGGUUGUUCAACAUGAAUCAUGUUAAAGUAUUUGAGAUAAAUUGGGAUCCCUACGAUGACUCGGAAAGUGAUGAUGUGCAUAACAGUAUCGGGAGCGGUGAAAAUGUUGCUAAGUGCCUACGAGCAGUUAUGGAGUCGCUGGUCGCAAGCCAAUUUGGAGAACACAUACUCGACAAGUUAUUCAAAGAGUUCGCUCACUGUAUUGCCGAACACCUUGAGAAUGAAAAAACCAAGCAUGUUGUUCUUGUCCUAUCGAUCGAGAAAGCAAUAAUUCAUGUGUGAAGUGUCUUGUUUCUCACUAUCUUUCCAUUAUUAUCACAUGGUAAUGUAUGUUUGUUUUGAAUGUGCAUGUUUGUGUCACUAGUGUAUUGAAUGGCAUGGUGUUUUUGUUGUUUUCUUUA